GGUAUGGCCGUCCCUGUACCAAGUUUAACACCUGCUAUCGUUCCUAUUAGCUGUGUUAUCCUUGUUAUAUUAUUUCUAUUACAACAAUUUGGCACAGACAAGGUUGGAAAUUUAUUCGCUCCAAUUGUCUCUCUUUGGUUUAUUGCUAUCGCUUCUGUUGGCAUUUGGAACAUUUCCCAAUAUCCUGAAAUUUUGAAAGCCUACAAUCCCUAUUAUGCUUUUGACUAUUUUAUUAGAAAAAAAGAUUCUGGGUUUACUGAUCUUGGUGGCGUUCUAUUGGCAAUUACUGGUGUUGAAGCUUUAUUUGCGGACUUAGGACAUUUUAAUCAAAAAGCCAUUCAAAUCUCCUUUCCAUGUUUUGUUUAUAUUCCUUUAGUCUUGGUUUAUACUGGCCAAGCCGCACGUUUGGUUUUAGACCCCAACGUAAUUGUAAAUACUUUUUGGUUAACUACUCCUUCCAACCUUGGAAUUUAUUGGACUGUAUUUGUUUUAGCUAUUUUGGCUACGAUUAUCGCCUCUCAGGCUAUGAUAUCUGCUACUUUUUCUUUAAUUCACCAAUCAAUGCAAUUAGAUUGCUUUCCAAAUGUCAAG